GUGUCUGAAAGCCCCGCCGCCGAGCGGAGGGCGGCCGCCGCAGUCGGCGCGCGAUUGCGGAUCCGGGCGCAGCCGGGAGCCGGGCGCCUGCGAGCACCGGGCAGAGGAGCCGCGACCGGCCUCCAUCUCCCGGCCCGCCCGAGCGCGCCCGGCCGGCCGCCCGCUCCUCCCUAGACCCCUCGCGGCGCCCCCUGCAACCCCCUCCGGCCGGCCUCCGCCUCCCUCCCCGAGCCUUUAAUACUCGCCCGCUGCGGCGGUCGCCGAGUCCGCGGACAUGUCCUUCCCGCAGCUGGGAUACCCGCAGUACCUGAGCGCCGCGGGGCCGGGCGCCUACGGCGGCGAGCGCCCGGGGGUGCUGGCCGCGGCCGCUGCGGCGGCUGCCGCCGCCUCGUCGGGCCGACCGGGGGCCGCGGAGCUGGGCGGCGGGGCAGGCGCGGCUGCAGUCACCUCGGUGCUGGGCAUGUACGCGGCGGCGGGGCCGUACGCGGGCGCGCCCAACUACAGCGCCUUCCUGCCCUACGCCGCGGAUCUCAGCCUCUUCUCGCAGAUGGGCUCGCAGUAUGAACUGAAGGACAACCCUGGGGUGCACCCCGCCACCUUCGCAGCCCACACGGCGCCGGCUUAUUACCCCUACGGCCAGUUCCAAUACGGGGACCCCGGGCGGCCCAAGAACGCCACCCGCGAGAGCACCAGCACGCUCAAGGCCUGGCUCAACGAGCACCGCAAGAAUCCCUACCCCACCAAGGGCGAGAAGAUCAUGCUGGCCAUCAUCACCAAGAUGACCCUCACGCAGGUCUCCACCUGGUUCGCCAACGCGCGCCGGCGCCUCAAGAAGGAGAACAAGGUGACAUGGGGAGCGCGCAGCAAGGACCAGGAAGAUGGAGCGCUCUUCGGCAGCGACACCGAGGGCGACCCGGAGAAGGCCGAGGACGACGAGGAGAUCGACCUGGAAAGCAUCGACAUUGACAAGAUCGACGAGCACGAUGGCGACCAGAGCAACGAGGAUGACGAGGACAAGGCCGAGGCUCCGCAUGCGCCCGCAGCCCCUUCUGCUCUUGCCCGGGACCAAGGCUCGCCGCUGGCAGCAGCCGACGUUCUCAAGCCCCAGGACUCGCCCUUGGGCCUGGCAAAGGAGGCCCCAGAGCCGGGCAGCACGCGCCUGCUGAGCCCCGGCGCUGCAGCGGGCGGCCUGCAGGGUGCGCCGCACGGCAAGCCCAAGAUCUGGUCGCUGGCGGAGACAGCCACGAGCCCCGACGGUGCGCCCAAGGCUUCGCCACCACCACCCGCGGGCCACCCCGGCGCGCACGGGCCCUCCGCCGGGGCGCCGCUGCAACACCCCGCCUUCCUGCCUAGCCACGGACUGUACACCUGCCACAUCGGCAAGUUCUCCAACUGGACCAACAGCGCAUUCCUCGCACAGGGCUCCCUGCUCAACAUGCGCUCCUUCCUGGGCGUUGGCGCUCCCCACGCCGCGCCCCAUGGCCCUCACCUUCCUGCACCUCCACCACCGCAGCCGCCGGUCGCCAUUGCCCCGGGGGCACUCAACGGAGACAAGGCCUCGGUCCGCAGCAGCCCCACGCUCCCAGAGAGAGACCUCGUCCCCAGGCCAGAUUCGCCGGCACAGCAGUUAAAGUCGCCCUUCCAGCCGGUACGCGACAACUCUCUGGCCCCGCAGGAGGGAACGCCGCGGAUCCUAGCAGCCCUCCCGUCCGCCUGAUUAAGGGUCUUCUUUUACUUUUGCGGGGGGGAGGGGGGAGGAGUUGGGGAGGGAGGGAAUGUGGGAGGAAUUAAGACAAAUAUUUCAGACUGGUGUAAAGGACAAAUAUGACAACGACGUCAAGGACUCCCAUCCAUCGCUUUCUGCAGAAAGGGGCUUGUUCGGUCCCGAGCUCGCGUCCAGGUGGCCAGGCCUCUGCCGGCGGCUCCAGUGGCUGCGAUUAUCGGGUUCGGUAAAUGCCCCCACGUGCUUGUGUCUCUUUCCCCCCUUUUCUGUAUAUAGAGUGAUUUCAGAUUGUAAAUAGCGCGUCAGCGAACUUGUCUAAAUCAUAUAUUUUUGUCUAAUAAACUAAAUGAAAUGACACCCCCUCCCCGCU